AUGGCGGACCAAGAGAAUUCGGUCAUCAAACACAGCGAUCACUUGCUCUUGGACCAACCCCUCUUACGCCUCCCCCACGAGCUCCUCCGCAAAAACUUCCGCGCUGCCCACUUCGCCAUCGAAAAGGACACCUCGUCGCUCAAGUCGCUCCUCAAGGACUCGGCCACGGCGGCCCUCUCCGGGCGCGCCUCGCAGCAGGACGUGCUCAAGAGCCUCGACGCCAUGAUCAGCCGCAUGCGCGGCGUGAAGCGCAAGCUCGCGGCCUGCGCCGAGGAGGAGGCGCGGCUGCACGAGCAGACGGCGGCGCGGAUCGCGCACCUCGACGAGCUGUACUCGAUGCGCAGCGUCGACGACGUCAAGUACGAGGCCUGGAGCAGGAAGCGGCUCGACCGGCUGCUGGCGGACUACCUGUGGCGGCACGGGUACACGGAGAGCGCGCGGGAGCUGGCGAGCGAGAAGGGCAUGGGGGACCUGGUGGACGUGGACACGUUUGUGGGCAUGAGCCGCAUUAGGGAGGCGUUGCUGAACGGGAGCGUUGCGGAGGCGCUGGCGUGGUGUACGGAGAACAAAAAGGAGCUGCGCAAGAUGGAGAGCAAACUCGAGUUCAUGCUCCGGCUGCAGCAGUACAUUGAGCUCAUCCGCACGCAGAAGCUCGUCGAGGCCAUUGCCCACGCGAAAAAGUACCUCAUGCCCUACUGGAACACGCACCCGGCCGAGGUCAAGCAGGCGUGCGGCCUGCUGGCCAUACCGCCGCACGGCGCCACCGCAGGGCUCUACUCCCACCUGUACCGGCCCUCGCGCUGGAGCGAGCUCGCGGACCUCUUCACUGCGGCGCACAACAGCCUGCUCGCCCUGCCGCCGGUGCCGCUGCUGCAUGUCGCGCUGUCGUCGGGCCUGUCGGCGCUCAAGACGCCGGCGUGCCACUCGUCGCGGCGGGACGAGCCCAGCGCCGAGGCCAGCUCGUCUACCCUGGGCCACGGCGUGUGUCCCAUUUGCUCGACGGAGCUCAACGACUUGGCGCGCAACGUUCCGUAUGCGCAUCACACCAAGAGCCAUGUCGAGCAUGACUUGUUCUUGCUGCCCAACGGCAGGGUGUAUGGGAGAAAGAGGCUGGAUGACUGCGCCAUGAAGGCGGGCUUGACGCCGAAUAUGGUCAAGGAUCCUAUUACGGGGGAUGUUUUCUAUGAUCAGCUGCUCAAGAAGGUGUUUAUCACGUAAGGGAGGGGAGGAGGAAUGAUGCUUGAUUUUGUUUCCUGACUUGCCCAAGCAUUCGGAGUUUUUGAUUAAUCUUUACUUGCUUUUGUUGUUUGGGGUUAUCAGGUGGAUGGUAUUGGUAUCAGGGAAUGGAUAGCUAGUUUGGUUGCUUUCUGCUUUUUGCUCUCGUGGUUGGUGUUUUCUGAGGAUUCGGAAUUUGGCAUUUUCGGAGGACUUUUUGUUAACUCGUCGUUUAAUUCUUUAGCCUGGUGUUGCUCAAGUCGAGCUUGUUGACUAUUCACAAUAUCUGAAUAUAUCUCUCCUUUCUUUCCCCCCUUUU